AUGAUUCGCACCGCAGCCAAAUGGGGAACGAUCGCAUACAUCGGCAACAAAGCCGCAAAAGCAUAUGGCGAGCAUAGCAACCAACAACAACCGCCAAUGCCCUAUCCUCCACAACAAGCCUCGUCGAGUCGCGGACCAGGGACUCAGAUUCGUGAGGCAAAUGGAUACUUGCACCAAACUUGGUGUAAUGGACAAUGCGGUCUGCGUUGCAACGAUGGCAUGCAAAACAGCUCGAGGGAUGCUCCAGUCAACGUUCCGCGUUUGGGCGAGGCUGAGGACUAUUAUGGCGGGUUCGAGACGAGAGGCAUGAACAAUGGCAACCUGCCAGAGUACAAGGAGUCGAGAGAUGUGAGCAGUGCCAACUUGUCGUCGGGCAAGAAGUAG